UCAGUCGGGUGGGUGAGAAUCGCGCAAGUUGGGGCUGGUGUGUGUGUCGAGGGGCGGCCGGUGCGGGCAUCGGACCCCACACCCCGACCCUCCUUCCCCGGAGUAGGACCCCGAGCGAGCCCCGCCCGACCCCCGAGGCUUCGGCCAUGGCUUCUCUGCUCGCGAAGGAUGCGUACUUGCAGAGCCUGGCCAGGAAGAUCUGCUCCCAGCCCAGCCCCGAUUCGCAGAAGCGCAAGUCGGCUGGCAAAGCUCGAGUCUCAGAAGCUGGUGGGCCCCCAAAGAAGAAGAGGAAGAAAGCCCAGAAGAAAUCCCGGGAGCGGGAUGAGAAGGCUGCAGAGCCCAAGGUUCACGCCCCUGCAGAGAAGCCUCAGGCCAGGAAGCCUGCGGCAGCCCUGGAGGAGGAAGAGGCCCCCAGCUCCCCCAGGGCACCUGCCGAUGGCCCAGCCAAAGAGCCUGAGUCUUUAUUCGCCUUGGACGUUCUGCGGCAGCGCCUGCGCGAGAAGAUACAGGAGGCCCGCGGCCAGGGCGGCGCCGAGGAGCUGUCUGCCGCCGCUUUGGAGAAACGACGACGGAGGAAGCAGGAGCGGGACCGGAAGAAGAGGAAGCGCAAGGAGCUGAGAGCGAAGGAGAAGGCGGCCACGGCCCCGGCGGCGGCGGCGGAGGAGGCCAGGAGCAGGAACUCAGUGGCCCUUGUGACUGCCGAAUCAGUCCAGAACCCCCUUGGAAGGGACGAAAAUCGGCCCCUGUAA